ACAGAACGCACACACAGCGGCCGUCAUAGUCAUCAUGGGCGGCGGUCUCAUCAGGAAAGCGCUGGAGAACGGGUCGAACGGGUCGCUCGACGCGAAGCACGAGAAAUCACCAAAGAAGGGGAGACUCGGCUCGUUCGUCGACCUGUCGCGAGGCUCGCGCGACUCCGCGACGCGCUCGCACGUCCUCGACAACGGCGCGAACGGGAAGUACGGCAGCGUCAGCGGCCAGGGCCAGGCGAAGAACAAGACGAACGUGGUAUGCACGCUCGGUCCGGUCAGCCGCGACGUCCCCACGCUCGAGAAGAUGCUCAAGGCGGGGAUGCGCGUCGCGCGAUUCAACUUUUCUCACGGGACGCACGAGUACCACCAGGAGACGCUGGAUAACCUCAAGAUCGCGUGUAAAAACACGGACCUCGAGUGCGGCGUCCUCCUCGACACGAAAGGGCCGGAGAUCCGAACGGGGAUGCUCGACCACGGCGAGCCGGUGAUGCUCGAGAAGGACUCGGAGAUCACGCUCACGACGGAUUACAACGCGAGCGGGAACAAGAAUCUGAUCGCGGUGUCGUACGCGUCGCUCGCGAAGGACGUGGUGCCCGGGUCGAAGAUUCUCUGCGCGGACGGCAGCAUCACGUUCACGGUGCUCUCGUGCGAUGUCGAGAAGGGGACGGUGCAGGUGAAGUGCGAGAACAGCGCGAAGCUCGGGGAGAGGAAGAACAUGAACCUCCCGGGCGUGAACGUGGACUUGCCGACGAUCACGGAGAAGGACAGGAACGAUCUCAUCAACUGGGGCGUGAAGAACAAGGUCGACUUCGUCGCCGCGAGUUUCGUCAGAAAGGGCAGCGACAUCGCGCAUAUCCGUCAAGUCCUCGGCGAAGCCUCGAAGACGAUCUCGAUCAUCAGCAAGGUGGAGAACAUGGAGGGUCUGGACAACUACGACGACAUCGUCGCGGAAUCAGACGGCGUCAUGGUCGCGCGCGGCGAUCUCGGGAUGGAGAUCCACCUCGAACAAAUCUUCCUCGCGCAGAAGCGCAUGAUCAAGCGGUGCAACGAAGCGGGGAAACCGGUCGUCACCGCGACGCAGAUGCUCGAGUCCAUGACCGGCGCGCCGAGGCCGACGCGCGCGGAGGCGACGGACGUCGCCAAUGCCGUCCUCGACGGCACCGACUGCGUCAUGCUCUCCGGGGAAACCGCCGCGGGGCAGUACCCCGUCGAGGCGAUCACGAUCAUGGCGGACAUUUGUCGCGAAGCGGAGGCGUACGUGGACAACUACUCCGUGUUCAAGCACGUCAUGGACCUCCAGAAGAUUCCGAUGGAGACGCUCGAGUCGCUGGCGUCGUCGGCGGUGCGUUCGGCGCACAAGGUGGGCGCGCAACUCAUCGUGUGCCUCGGGAAGACUGGGAAAACCGCGCAGCUCAUCGCGAAGUACCGCCCGAGCGCGCAGAUCAUGUCCGUCGUCGUGGAAGACCCGGACGACGCGGAGCACGACCCGCACUCGGUCGUCCGGCGGCUGCUACUCGUGCGCGGGAUCCGGCCCAUCGCGGCGCCGGUGUCGUGGCGCGCGUCCGAGUCGGAGCUCAACUCGGACAAAGACGCGGGGUUGAAGCACAAGGGGGAAAUGUCCGUGCUCGAGACGAAGAACAUCCUGCAGAACGCGAUCGCGCAGGCGAAGAAGUUGGGGAUGGUCGAGACCGGCUACAUGGUCGUCGGCGUGCACCGCAUUCUCGGGGACUCGAUAAUGAAGAUGUUGCAAGUGCAGUGAACGCGGCGAGGGAGGUCGAGCGCAGAGACGCGAAGGGAGGGAGGAAUAUACAUAACGAACACCCUUAUUAUUCAUUAAUUCAUUAUUACUGCACGCGCACACGCGCGCGCGCGCGUCGGGUCGAGUUGGAGUU